GUACGAAUCGCUUCGCGAUUCGUGCGAUAUCGGUUUUCGCGUGCAAUGUAAUGCGGAAUUCCCUCGUCAAGUAAUGAUGAAGAACAUGCUUUUUCGGUGGCUACUCGGAAACUAUGUAGCAAGCUACCCCAUGCCAGGGUCUACGUAAUAGGAGACAAUCGAUACUUUAAAAUAAAUCUUAAAGACCUAUCUUUUAGAAUUGCUUUUCAUUAGAUUUCAUCUUAUGUGAUAUUUAUAAAUGGCUUGUAGUUUCGAUUUAUGUGAAAGUAGAUGCUAGCGUCAGAGGGAUAAUUUCAAAACACUUACAUGUCUCCUCAUUCGCUAAAGAACAAAAAAAAUGUUCCAAGUUCACCUAAAUCACCUAAAUUUGAUAGACUUGCUGUGAAUUUGGCAUACCAUCACCGUUUCUAGCAUGAGGGUCAAAAGUAUAAAAUGAACCAUUUGAUUCACUUAAAGUGGUCAAAGUGACAUUCCUAAAAUUAAUAAUUACCUGCUUGUAUGUUGUUAAAGUAUUCAUCAAUGCUGAACAAAAGGAAAGGGAAGGACAAAGGGUGUCAUUCGCAUUCAUCAGCCUUGUCGGCGCUCUCCAUAUUUAUUUCGUAUAUAUCACAAUCAAGCUUUAGUUUUUCAAAACUCGCGAACGGCAUUUCGGCAAGACCAACACAUUUUGAGGAAUGUUAACCGUCAUUGAGCAAACGAAAACUUAAUGCUGUGCUGGAGAAGUUCUCUUUUGACUCAAAGGUUGAAAAACAAUUGGACUCGACGCUCGAAUCGAUGCUCUCCACGGACGAAAUCGACUCAGAAUUUGUCUCAAAGCCUAAACAGUCAUUUGAGUUUGUAGUUGAAUGGUUAGCUAACGAGCGACCCACAUUUUGUUGAAUAGUUAGCUUCAACGAGUGAUCCACAAUUUGAAUCUAUGAUUCCAAGCUUUUCUUUMGUCUCAACCAGCAAUGUAACUCAGUGGUCGAAUUAUUUACCUCAACGGGAAUUUCCACGUGCAUUUUACCUGAUGUCAUCACAAGUAUCCCGGAUAUAAAAAACACAAUCAACUGCGCACGUCUCCGAUCUUCCAUUCGACAAAUUUUGGCUCUUUCUCGCUAUUGUAAAAAAUAGGCUGCUGCCUCGCUAGGGCUCGCCAGCAAUAAGUUUCCUAAUUUAAAAGAUGUUUAGAAAUAACCUUUAUUCACAAUAAUCACCAAAAAUCUUAACAAUGUGAUAAAAUGCUCGAGGAUCCAAAAGUGCAUUAAAAUGGCAACUAAAAAUCUAAGAAAAACAAUAAUGAUAAUGAUACGACCCGGAGUCUAACAUCUUACAAGUUACAAUUCUCUUUUUAUGAAAAAAUAUCACUAGCCUUAACUACAUAAUUCUUAAUUAUGAGAUGGAGAAGAACACGAUCACAGGAAGAUUUGUUGGCAUUCAAGAAACUUAAGAACCACGUCACUUAUAUAACCACACGGGCUAAGCGGGCUUUCUACUCAGACUUCGUUAACGACAAUAGUCAAGACCAAGGAAGGCUAUUCAGGGCUACUCGAUCACUGUUACUUCCGAGGAACGAGUUGUGUUUUCCAGAAUACACGGAAAAUUCAAUCUUAGCCAAUGACAUUGGGCGGUUUUUUGACCGUAAGAUUGCAAAAAUUCGGGCUGAGCUUGAUGCGUGUACUCUUUAUCCUGGAGCGGUGUCUGAGGAURAAGUGUUUACAGGGGAUAAGAAACUUGAUCAUUUCAAUACGUACUCUGUGGAAGAUAUGAGGAAGCUGGUCAGUAGAUCAUCGAAGAAAAGCUGCCAACUCGAUCCUAUGCCGACCAACUUAGUAGUCGGCAUGUCUGAUACGCUUCUCCCUAUCAUCACUAAUGUCGUGAAUUCUUCUCUUUCCUUGGGACGUUUUCCAUUUGAUUGGAAAACGGUCCUCGUGGAUCCAAGACCGAAGAAGACUAAGCAAGAGACUUCCCUAUCCAAUUUAAGACCUGUGAGUAAUCUGCAAUACCUCUCUAAAUUAAUCGAAAGGGCAGUCUAUGAUCAGAUGACUGAUCAUGUUACUCAGUCGGGCUUGUAUCCCACCUUCCAGUCAGCCUAUCGACUGGGUCACAGCACAGAGACUGCCCUAUUUAAGAUACAGAACGACAUACUAGCUGCAAUGGACAAUCAAGGAGUUACUCUUUUGGUAUUGUUAGAUCUGAGUGCAGCAUUCGACAUGAUUGACCACCAAGUGUUGUUGAAUCACCUGUACGUGACGUAUGGAAUUACAGGUACCGCUCUUAAAUGGUUUCACUCGUAUUUAUCAAACAGGAAACAGCGAAUCCUGAUUAACGGGAGCUAUUCGAGGGACUUUGAUCUGCCUCAAGGGGUACCUCAGGGUCAUGUUUAGGUCCCUUGCUCUUCACACUAUACGCAAGUAAGCUCUUCGAUGUUGUUGAAUCCCAUCUCCCUAAUGUUCACACAUACGCUGAUGAUACACAGCUCUAUAUCUCAUUUAAGCCAGAUGGCUCUGCUACCGAGGCGGCUGCUGUUGAUGCCUUACAAGCUUGCAUCAGGAAUAUAAGAACCUGGAUGGCCCAAGACAAACUUCAGCUGAACGCUUCUAAGGCCGAGUUUCUUAUUAUAGGUACACGCGCACAAUUAAAUAAGGUUACGAUAAAUGACUUGCAAGUAGGUGAGUUAAGGGUUUCUGCUGUCUGUUCUGUUAGAAAUCUUGGUGUUUGGCUUGAUGCAAAAAUGAAUAUGACCACACAUAUUAACAGCAUAUGUCAGGCUAUUUAUUAUCAUCUAUACCACAUCCGGCGUAUUAGAAAGUAUCUAUCAUAUGACAAUAGGAAGUCCAUUGUACAGGCUAUUAUAAUGUCACGAUUAGGCUACUGCAACGGUCUGCUAUAUGCUAUAUGGUCCGUACUGUCAAGACCUCGGGCCGAUAUUCUCCUAGCAAGGCCCUCGCGCUUGGUUAAUAAGACAUAUAUAGUGCACACUUAAAGCAUGAACCAAUCGUGAAAUAAAUUACAGAAACAUUUCACCGAGUGUCCAUAAAGUUCACUUAGUAAAGCAUAUUCUAUACCAAACGUUUUCGGCUGUUUGCCAUCAUCAGGG